AUGCAAACGAGCUACUACCCAACCCCAAUUAUGAUCUCCGCGAACGGGCAUUACCCACCUAGAAGUCCUCCGCCUAAUGGAUUAUUGCGCAGGUUGACCCAUACACCAAGAUCCUCUGUGGACAGGAACUCGCAAAUUGCAGCCUCUGCAGGAGAUAAUGCACUUGCUGAAGCUUCAAAACACAUGGAUUUGUGGUUUUGUGAUGGUUCGAUCAUUUUGAGAGCAGAAGACACCUUAUUUCGUGUGCACAAGUCUCAACUUGCUCGCCACUCGGCGUUCUUCCGCGAUCUCUUCUCAUUGCCACAACCCAGUGCGGAUAAUACAUCCUCUUCUCCGACCGUGGUUGUCAGCAACGACCCUACACUACAAAUAGAUACGACCAAUGAAGUAGAAGGGUGUCCUGUUCUGCGAUUGCACGACACGGCAGAGGACGUUGAGAAUCUCCUCACGGCACUUUAUGAUGGCCCAAACUUUGGGAAGAAUGACCCUACCGAUUUUCGCAUGGUUUCGGGGAUACUUCGACUUGCGACCAAGUACCUUGUCGAUUCGUUGAGAACCAAAGCUCUUGUUCAUUUAAGCAAGGCUUGGCCGACUUCACUCAAGGGAUGGGAUGCUAGAGAGGACGUCACUCGUGCUGAUGAAAUGCAGAGUGGUCCUGGGAUGUCCAAUAUACACCCUUCCCCUGCAGACGUUAUUAUCCUCGCACGAGAAGUCAAUGCGCCAAGCCUCCUGCCUUCUGCAUUCUAUGACUUAUCACGAUACCACUAUACCCAACUCUUCGAGCAGGACGACGAGAGUGGCCCUUCUAUUGCACAACUGCCGUUAUCAAAUGCAGACCUGCAAAGGUUAGCUUUGGGGAAAGAGGCAUCGCAACACGCGAUCACAACUCUCAUUCGCUCCAUGGGAUCGCACUCUCAUCCGCUUCUUUUGGGGCAUCACGCACACUCGCAUCGCUCAUGCAGAAGAGAUUUCUCGGAACUUGUGGCACUGGCCACUCAGCAUUAUCUCUUUGAUCGCGAGCGUGGUUGCACUGAUCCUUUGUAUGUCGCGGAGGAGCUUGGGCAACCAUUUGUAGAAGUAUCUGAGUGCGAGGCGUGCGCGAGAGCGCUGGCGAUUUGGACUACGAGGGAGAGAGAAAGAAUGUGGAAGAUGAUACCGCUUUGGUUCCGACUGGACGUUUAA